ACGGCGGGUUAGAGUCAGUCCGUCUUCAUCGGCUGGAGUGAAGCUGUUUUGCUGUUUGUUCUGGGUUUAUAGUGCUAUAUACUAGGAUCAUAAAAUGGCUGAUCAACUGACAGAGGAGCAGAUCGCUGAAUUCAAAGAGGCUUUCUCGCUAUUUGACAAGGAUGGCGAUGGUACUAUCACAACAAAGGAAUUGGGAACAGUUAUGAGGUCGCUAGGUCAGAACCCUACGGAAGCAGAACUACAAGAUAUGAUCAAUGAAGUAGAUGCUGAUGGUAAUGGAACCAUCGACUUCCCAGAAUUCCUGACCAUGAUGGCAAGGAAAAUGAAAGACACAGACAGUGAAGAGGAAAUCAGAGAAGCAUUCCGUGUAUUUGAUAAGGAUGGCAAUGGGUACAUUAGUGCGGCAGAGCUUCGUCACGUAAUGACAAACCUGGGUGAGAAGCUAACGGACGAAGAAGUUGAUGAAAUGAUCAGAGAAGCAGAUAUUGAUGGAGACGGUCAAGUGAACUACGAAGAGUUUGUACAGAUGAUGACGGCGAAGUGAAGGCCUUGUACAGAUUUCUUGUAUAAAAUUGUUUAUUUGCUUUUUUUUUUUGUAAUCCUGUAAAAUGUUUCUCUUUCUCUCCACCCCAACCCCCCAGCUGUCCAAAGGAAUGCAUGUAUAGUACCUAGAAUUCAAAAUUCAAGUCAAUGUCCCUCAUUUUGCUGUCCUUGUGUUUUUGAGUCAAGAAUUGCUCAAGUUAACAGGUGUAUGUGGCAUGAUCUGGAACUGUAUCUAAACUUUGUGCACAGUGAAUAUACCACAACUUGAAGUGGGGACAUCUUGGUAUACCUGUUGAAGUUGGAUGUCACUUGGCAACAAUGUUGGCAUGUAAACAUUAAUGUGGAGUAGUUACUCUGCAUGGACUAUGGAAAAAGUUAUAUGAAAUUUUUCAGCCUUGCACUAUUGCAAAACGGGUGUAUCAUCCAGGUACUCUUACACUAACUCUUUUUGUAUUUGCUGUUCUGUACCAGAGAACUUUUGUUCUGUUCUUACUAUGCUUUUAAAAUUUGUUUGCCCACUUUUUUUUUUUUUUUUUUUUUUUUUUUAACUGCUUAUGGCAGACAUGCCUCAAGAUCCAUUCCAAGUUGUAUAUUUUUUGUUUUCCAAUAAAAUUUACAAUUUACCCAAA